AUGCCCGAGGACGGCGCUGGCGACGGCGGGGAGGUGCCCGCGCUCAUCCCUGACGGCGAGCCGCUGCGGGAAGAGCAGCGGCCCCUGAAACAGUCCCUGGGAAGCUCCCUGUGCCGCGAAUCGCACUGGAAGUGCCUGCUCCUCACGCUGCUCAUCCAUGCCUGCGGGGCCGUGGUGGCCUGGUGUCGCCUGGCCACAGUGCCGCGGCUGGUCCUGGGGCCCGAGGCUGCCUUGGCCCGAGGAGCCGGUGGCCCGCCACCCACCUACCCGGCCAGCCCCUGCUCCGAUGGCUACCUGUACAUCCCGCUGGCCUUCGUCUCCCUGCUCUACCUCCUCUACCUGGCCGAGUGCUGGCACUGUCACGUGCGGUCCUGCCAGGCGCCACGCACCGACGCCCACACCGUGCUGGCGCUGAUCCGCCGCCUGCAGCAGGCGCCGCCGUGCGUCUGGUGGAAGGCCACCAGCUACCACUACGUGCGGCGCACCCGCCAGAUCACACGCUACCGCAACGGCGACGCCUACACCACCACGCAGGUGUACCAUGAGCGCGCCGACAGCCGCACGGCCCGCGGCGAGUUUGACUACUCGGCUCACGGCGUCCGCGACGUCUCGAAGGAGCUGGUGGGGUUGGCGGAGCACGCGGCCACGCGGCUGCGCUUCACCAAGUGCUUCAGCUUCGGCAGCGCGGAGGCCGAGGCCUCGUACCUCACGCAGCGGGCGCGCUUCUUCAGCGCCAACGAGGGCCUGGACGACUACCUGGAGGCGCGCGAGGGCAUGCACCUGAAGGACGUGGACUUCCGCGAGUCGCUCAUGGUCUUCGCCGACCCCCGCAGCCCGCCCUGGUACGCUCGCGCCUGGGUCUUCUGGCUCGUGUCGGCGGCCACGCUGUCGUGGCCCCUGCGCGUCGUGGCCGCCUAUGGAACGGCCCACGUGCACUACCAGGUGGAGAAGCUCUUCGGCGCCAGCUCGCCCCCGCCCGGGGCCGUGCCCAGCGGUCCCCCGCUGUCCCGCGUGGCCACAGUGGACUUCACUGAGCUCGAGUGGCACAUCUGCUCCAACCGGCAGUUGGUGCCCAGCUACUCGGAGGCCGUGGUCAUGGGCGCGGGCUCGGGCGCCUACCUCAGAGGCUGCCAGCGCUGCCGUCGCUCCGUCAGCAGCAACUCGCUGCCCCCCGCCCGGCCCAGCGGGCCCCGUCUGCCCUUCAGCCGCAGCCGCCUCUCACUGGGCGCUGGGGGCCGGGCCACGCCAGGGGUCUUCCGCAGCCUGAGCGGGGGGCCCCUGGGGCGCCGUGGAGAGGACACGGAACCCCUCGAGAGCCCGCCCUGCUAUGAGGACGCCCUCUACUUCCCGGUGCUCAUUGUCCACGGAGACAGCGGCUGCCAGGGGGAUGGGCAGGGUGCGCUCUGA